AUGGAAAGUUGUGUUUGUUUUUGCGGUGAGAAGGCAAGUUCUUCGACGGAUAUUUUAACUCAACAGAUAAAAGGCGAUUUUAUAUUGGAGAAUUUUACAAACUACCCUGCUUCAUGCUGUGAUCAAUGGACCACUAAUGAUUCGGCUGAGAAAAUGUGCAAUGACCCAGGUGACUUAAUCUAUACAGAGGGCUGCAUAUUCGAAAUCAAAAGGAGCCUUACCAAGUAUCUUUUGGCACAAGUUGUUAGCGGCUUCAUUUUGAUGGCAAUCGAAAGUAUGAUUAUAAUGGGCGGAUUCGGUUGGUUAAGAUGCGGAUUUAUAUCAUGGCCACAAGUUCGGACAAUUAGCAACUGGAUUUGUUUUGCAAAUCGAAAUCGUCAUAUGGAUGACAAUGACGAGGAAAUAUCGCACGAUAUGGCGGGUCUUAACCCCGACAUUAUGAAUGAUGAACAAGAUGAAAAUAAUCGAGAACGGAGGAAUAUAUUUAUUGAGGUUCAAAAUCUGAUAAAAGUUCAGUCAGAGUAUGUGGUCCGGGUGUUUGACGCAUGGAAAGAGUCCGACUAUCUAUACAUUCAGAUGGAGUUGUGUUCCGACAUCAAUGAUGUCGUACCCCGGGAUCCAAAUGAGGCCUGA